GGAGGGCGGGGCCUCGGGAGGGGCUGGAGCGCGGCUGCUGGUGCGGUUGCGGGCGGAGAGGAGGAAGCGGCGGGUCCCCUGAGGCGUGCGCCGGUCGACCCACCGACAGACAGACGCGUAGAGAGCGAGGCCGGAGGGCCAGAAAUCUGGCGUUGUGGGGCCGCGUCGGGGCUGCCGAAUGCCCGCCCGCUUGUGUCCUGGGCAGGUGUGGGACAGGUGACAGCCCGUAACCAUCAUGGAUGGAGAGGGACUUUUUGAUGAGGAGAUCCAAACUGUGGAUACCAGCCAGGUUGAUUUGGCUGUCCAAGGUUUUGACAAAAUCCGCCGUGUUCCCUUUGGGGAAUCCGAAUGAGGGAGAUCACAGACACCUUCACUGCGAAGCCAAGGACAUUCCUGUAUAAUCAGUGGAUGAAAGGAUUUUCUCAGCCUCUCAUUCUCCCUUUUUAUUGAGGAUUAAUCCACCACAAUCUACAGUUCCAGUGGAAAUUGCAAGGCACACAAUGUGGCAGAAGACUGGAGCGCCCUCAGAAUUGCUCUGGACCCUUCCUUUAGCAUAAGGGAGUUUUCACACUUGCCACUCCCCUCCCUCCCCCCAGCUCCCUUCUUCUGAUUGCCCUCCUUAACCCAUUGUCAUUCUCCGAGUUAAGUUCUAUUUCCAAAACUGUUCUCUGGAGCUAUAAGUGGAUUGCCAGAAAUGAGAGAUUAGGUGCUGGGAGAAGAGGAAGCGCCCUGUGUUGUGUCCUCUCACUGCUGCUGCUGCCGACAUGAAGUGCUUUCUCCCAGUGCUGAGCUGUCUGGCUGUGCUGGGUGUGGUGUUAGCACAGCGGCAGGUCACAGUCCAGGAAGGACCUCUGUACCGCACAGAGGGCUCCCACAUCACCAUCUGGUGCAACGUGAGUGGCUACCAGGGACCCUCUGAGCAGAACUUCCAGUGGUCCAUUUACCUGCCCUCUGCCCCAGAGCGCGAGGUGCAGAUCGUCAGCACCGUGGACUCUUCUUUCCCCUAUGCCAUCUACACCCAGCGUGUCCGAGGUGGGAAGAUCUACGUGGAAAGAGUCCAGGGGAACUCAGCUUUAUUGCACAUCACAGAUCUCCAGGCCCGGGAUGCUGGAGAGUAUGAAUGCCAUACACCCAACACUGACGAUCGAUACUUUGGGAGUUACAGUGCGAAGAUGAACCUAGUGGUGAUCCCAGACUCCCUGCAGACCACCGCCGUGCCACAAACCUUGCACAAAGUGGAGCAGGAUCCGCUGGAGCUCAGUUGUGAGGUGGCCACAGAGACAAUCCAGCACAGCCACCUGUCUGUGACCUGGCUCCGGCAGAAAGGUGGUGAGAAGCCAGUGGAGGUCAUUUCGCUGAGCCGGGACUUUAUACUGCACUCCAGUAGCGAAUAUGCCCAGAGGCAGAGCCUGGGGGAGGUUCGGCUAGACAAGCUGGGGAGGACCACCUUCCGCCUCACCAUCUUCCACCUGCAGCCUUCUGACCAGGGCGAGUUCUACUGCGAGGCUGCUGAAUGGAUCCAGGAUCCCGAUGGGUCAUGGUAUGCCAUGACCCGGAAGCGUUCCGAGGGUGCCGUGGUCAAUGUCCAACCCACUGACAAAGAGUUCACCGUUCGGCUGGAAACAGACAAGCGGCUGCACACAGUGGGUGAGCCUGUGGAGUUCAGAUGCAUCUUGGAGGCCCAGAACAUUCCCGACCGUUACUUUGCUGUCUCCUGGGCCUUCAACAGCUCCCUCAUUGCCAGCAUGGGGCCUAACGCUGUGCCCAUCCUCAACAGUGAAUUUGCCCACCGGGAAGCCAGGGGACAGCUUAAAGUGGCCAAAGAAAGUGACAGUGUCUUUGUGCUGAAAAUCUACCACCUCCGCCAGGAAGAUAGUGGGAAAUACAACUGUCGUGUGACGGAGCGAGAGAAGACAGUCACUGGGGAAUUCAUUGACAAGGAGAGCAAACGUCCAAAGAACAUUCCCAUCAUAGUCCUUCCCCUCAAGAGCAGCAUCUCCGUGGAGGUGGCCAGCAACGCCAGCAUCGUCCUUGAGGGCGAGGACCUGCACUUCUCCUGCAGUGUCCGCACAGCGGGCAGGCUGCAAGGCCGCUUCUCUGUCAUCUGGCAGCUCGUGGACAGGCAGAACCGCCGCAGCAACAUCAUGUGGCUAGACCGGGAUGGUACCAUGCAGCCAGGCUCGUCCUACUGGGAGCGCAGCAGCUUUGGGGGUAUCCAGAUGGAGCAGGUGCAGCCCAACUCCUUCAGCCUGGGCAUCUUCAACAGCAGGAAGGAGGACGAGGGCCAAUAUGAAUGUCAUGUGACCGAAUGGGUGCGGGCAGUGGAUGGCGAGUGGCAGAUCGUGGGGGAGCGCCGAGCCAGCACUCUCGUCUCUAUCACUGCUCUCGAAACAGGCUUUGCAGUCACAGCCAUCUCCCGAACACCAGGGGUGACCUACAGCGACUCUUUUGACUUGCAGUGUAUCAUCAAACCCCACUACCCAGCCCGGGUCCCCGUGUCAGUGACGUGGCGGUUCCAGCCAGUGGGCACUGUUGAGUUCCAUGACCUGGUGACCUUCACACGGGAUGGAGGGGUCCAGUGGGGGGACAGGUCCUCCAGCUUCCGAACCCGGACUGCCAUCGAGAAGGCCGAGUCCAGCAACAACGUCCGCCUGAGCAUCAGCCGGGCCAGUGACACAGAGGCGGGCAAGUACCAGUGUGUGGCUGAACUGUGGAGGAGGAACUACAACAACACGUGGACGCGGCUGGCGGAGAGGACCUCCAACCUGCUGGAGAUCCGCGUGCUGCAGCCAGUGACAAAGCUGCAGGUGAGCAAGUCAAAGAGAACCCUCACCCUGGUGGAGAACAGGCCCAUUCAGUUGAACUGCUCCGUCAAGUCCCAGACCAGCCAGAACUCGCACUUUGCCGUGCUCUGGUACGUCCACAAGCCCUCGGAUGCAGACGGCAAGCUCAUCCUCAAGACCACCCACAGCUCCGCCUUUGAGUAUGGCACCUACGCUGAGGAGGAGGGCCUGAGAGCCAGGCUGCAGUUCGAGAGGCACGUGUCCGGGGGCCUGUUCAGCCUCACUGUCCAGAGAGCGGAGGUCAGUGACAGCGGCAGCUACUACUGCCACGUGGAGGAGUGGCUGCUGAGCCCCAACUAUGCCUGGUACAAGCUGGCUGAGGAGGUUUCAGGACGCACAGAAGUCACUGUGAAGCAGCCAGAUAGCCGCCUGAGGCUCAGCCAAGCCCACGGGAACCUGUCGGUUCUGGAGACCCGGCAGGUGCAGCUGGAGUGCAUAGUCCUGAACCGCACCAGCGCGGCCUCGCAGCUGAUGGUGGAGUGGUUUGUGUGGAAGCCCAAUCACCCAGAGCGGGAGACUGUGGCCCGCCUGAGCCGCGAGGCCACCUUCCACUACGGAGAGCAGGCAGCCAAAAACAACCUGCAGGGACGGCUGCAUCUGGAGAGCCCUUCCCCCGGCGUGUACCGACUCUUCAUACAGAACGUGGCUGUGCAGGACAGCGGGACCUACAGCUGCCGCGUGGAGGAGUGGCUGCCCAGCCCCAGCGGCCUGUGGUACAAGAGGGCCGAGGACACCGCCGGACAGACAGCAGUUACCGUCAUGCGACCAGAUGCUGCCCUGCAGGUGGACACAGUGGUCCCUAAUGCCACGGUGUCUGAGAAGGCAGCUUUUCAGCUGGACUGUAGCAUUGUGUCUCGUUCGAGCCAGGACUCCCGCUUUGCUGUAGCCUGGUAUUCCCUAAGGACUAAAGCCGGAGGGAAGAGGGGCAGCCCUGACCUGGAAGAACUAGAGGAGAAGAAGGCAGAGGAGGAGGAAGAGGAGGAGGAGGAAGAAGGGGAGGAGGAAGAUGACCUGACAGAGCGCACAGUACUGCUGAGCGUGGGCCCUGACGCUGUCUUCGGCCCAGAGGGCAGUCCUUGGGAGGGCCGGCUUCGCUUCCAGAGGCUCUCUCCCCUGCUUUACCGACUCACGGUGCUGCAGGCCAGCCCCCAUGACACAGGCAACUACUCCUGUCACGUGGAGGAGUGGCUGCCUAGCCCUCAGAAGGAGUGGUACCGGCUAACGGAGGAGGAGUCUGCCCCCAUUGGCAUUCGAGUUCUGGACACAAGUUCCACUCUCCAGUCACUCAUCUGCUCCAAUGACGCACUCUUCUACUUCGUCUUCUUCUACCCUUUCCCCAUCUUUGGCAUCCUUAUCAUCACCAUCCUGCUGGUACGCUUCAAAAGCCGGAACUCCAGCAAGAACUCUGACGGGAAGAAUGGGGUGCCUCUCUUGUGGAUCAAAGAACCACAUCUCAACUACUCCCCGACUUGCCUGGAGCCCCCAGUGCUCAGCAUCCACCCAGGAGCCAUAGACUAAGGGGGAUACACAGUAGACGUCGGCCACGGAGGGGCUGAGGCCCGCCCUUGCUGCCUCUUGCUCUGUGAUUGGACAGUUGACAGCACCCAAACGCUGGAGUGCUGAUGCAGAAAACUGUCAGACUUGGGAAAUGUUCAGAGCUCCGGGUCAGUCACAGAGACGGACUGCCCCAGGUGGCGGUCUUGGUUGGUUAGCUAUUUGCGCCCAAAUGUCGUGAUCCUGCCAUGAUAGGUUUCUAGUUUUCGGUUUUGGUAAUGUAGUGAGUAGCUCCGGGUGCCACAUCUACUCACCGAUUUCUCUAGUAUUCCCAGAUAGAUGUUACGGGGGCUCUUAUUCUUUGUACUGUACUAUUUUUAAAUUCCUUUCAUUUACCCCUUUUUGGAUUCCAUAAUGUUGUGGACGAAUUUCUCUUACACACAACUGAUGGCAAGAGGAAGGACCACUUUAUAGUAACAAGGAAUCUCUUCCAAGACUUUUUGUUUUUGCACAUUCGAAAAUGCCACUCGUGGAUCAAAAUACACCCAAACAUUUUUUACUUUCUUAACGAGACUUGAAAAAUAUGUGGAGCGUGGGCCCAAUUUGUAUCUUAUCUUUUCCCUCAGCUGGAGUUGUUGGAACCACUUUGUAGUCAAGAUGAAAGCAUUGAAUUUUGCUUCAAAGGACUGCAUAUGGGCAAGAGAAAUCCUGCAUAACCCCAUUAGGAGUAGAUGGUGCCCAGCCAGCCUAUCUGUCAGGGAGGCAAAAAAGGCUCACUCCCAACCUUGCCAAAAAAUAACACUGUCUUGGAGAAUGGGUCAGAAGUUCCAAACAGCACACACUUUCUGAGCUGAAGUGGGCAGGGCACUGCUUUUGGCAGCUACUGACUCUCCCAUUGAUCAAAGCCAGUGAUUAGACAAGGAAGGAAAAACAGCUGGCUGUUGGCUUGAUCCAUCUGCAUGGGCAGCUCCAGCUGAUAACUGUGAGCAGGUGGCUUUUGUUUUCAGGUACUUUGCCAAACUGGAGGGAAAGUUUCCAGUGAGCCUGGAAGUGGGACCACCCUGAGCUCAGCACAGGGACUGAAGCAGUGGCCAUGUAUACCCCAUUGAAGGGCCCUGGGCCAGCACAGUGACCACCCUGAGCUCAGCACAGGGGCUGAAGCAGUGGCCAUGCAUACUCCAUGGAGGGCCCUGGGCCAGCACAGUGAAGGAUGGGAGGGGACUUCCAGAGCCUGAGGUUGAAAAGCCUUGAGGUGUGAGGACUAGGUUUUUCUUCUUCCUUCCAAUGAGAUUUUCCUCAGAGAUAUUGAAGUCUUCCUCAUUCACCAUUUUUCUCUCCCCACAUCACUGCUAGAAGACUGCCAGCCUCGGAGGGAUCCAGACAUGACCCUUGAUAAUCCUUUUUGUUCACUUAGUCUCAGCAGGCAGUGUCACCUGUGGGAUUCCCCCCCUUACUUUUUUAGAUCUUUUUUUGUGUGGUUUUAUGUUGUUAUGGUGGUUUUUAAUUUUAAUGUCUCGAGGGCCAGUGUCAUCACAGGUUGGGCCAGUUGCCUAGCUCCCCAGGAGCAUCAUCAGUUGCCAGUAAUUCCUUGUGCUCACUCUGUGAAGAUGUUUUUGUACCCUCGCUUCCCCAUAUUUUGCUGGCCAAGUGUGCCCUCUCCUUUCCCCUGGGAACUUGUAUCUUGAAUUCUGAAAGGGGUCCAGUCCCAUUUGGAAAAAGCCACCUGGGAUUCCAGAACUAAGUCUAACCAGAGAGAUUCCUAUGAAACCCAGUCCUGAGAAUGUACAGACUCCAAGGAAGGCUGUGGGAUUUCCCAGGCCACAUGGGCUUGGAUCCAGGUCAGGGGUCUGCAGGUGCACAGGCAGGGUGGGCCGUUAAGUGGAUGCUGGCUGGGAGCAAGGCGUCUGCUCCGCCAUUUCUGAAAAAGGCAAAUCUGCCUCUUUUCUUCCCGAUGCUCCAGUUCUCUCCUAGGAGACAGUGUGUAGGCACUGCCACCUUAAUCCCACGGAUGCCUACUAUGCUGACUCCUAUUUAUUAUGCUGCAUCAACAUGUUAGAGGUACCGAAUUGGCUCAGUCAUGAAGAAAGAAUGUCUUUUGCCCUAUUUCUUCAUUUCAGGGGGUGUGGGCUUUCAGUGGAAAUUGCUGACUUCUGAUUUUUCGGCUGAAUCAACAAGGGAAGAUGACUGACUUUUCCUUUGUCUGAAUGGAAAGAUGCCAGAGGGCUGGCCAGGACUAAGAUUUCAGUUUGAAUUGGUUCAUAGCAGUAGAAAAGUAGGUGCUGCGCGUAAUUAAAUAUGUGAAGCAAAUGCAGGAAAAUUGAAAGGAAAUAAGAAACCGAAGCCAGUAUUUUAAUAAUUGCUUUCUGUGUUUUUUCUAUUGGGCUAGGGGAUACCAUCAAAGGUUGAGCUUUUUGAGCUUUGUAUGAAAAAACCCCAGGACCUUCGUUCUUUGGCCAUUUCUAUGGAAAUGUGGUAUCAGAUGAAUGGUAAUGGUGCCCUCCAGUGGCUGCAAGACCUCAUUGCACAUUGUCUACUGGAGCUCUAGUCUUCUGAGUUCAAGAGAGGAAACCUGCUGGACUCUCUGGACUUACCUACAUCUAUAAUGUUGCAUUUAUGAAAAACUACACUGUGCUAGGCGCAUUCCAGGACAUGGAUAUAACCACACCCUCUUUCACCAGGGUGUUUCUGUAGCAAGUUUUCAUAUUCUUUUCAAACAAUGGUUUCUCUGCGUUAAAUGUUGAAGAUAAAGAAAAAAAGAGAUGGGGUAAGAAAACUACCCGUGCAUGAUGUAGAGAGCUGUUGAUUUGUUUUUGUUUUUUAAAGGAAAAACUAUUUGUAAGAUGUUGCACUAAAACGUUUUAUAUACACUUCAGAGACCUGUAGUAAAUUAUGUUGACCAUA